GUGAUCUCUCAGAUCGAUGGAGCGGCCGGUGGCGGUGCGGCGGUGGCCAGCGAAUUCACGCAAGAUCCGCCAGCAGCAGCAGCAGCAGCAGCAGCAGUGGUCCUCCUCCAUGGUCGACGACGAAGAUCGAGGUAGCCAAUGCGGUGUAACACCGCAGGAUAGAAAGAGGGUCAUGCCCGUUAUGGUCUUGGAUUCCGAAGACGAGGAGGAGGAGGAACAGGAGGAACAGGAAGAGGAGGGAGAGAUCGAGGACAGUAAGAGGCCAAAGAUCUCGCCCGUGGAGGAGGAGGAGGAGGAGGACGACACGAUCGUGGAUCCGGACGAGUGCUGGGAGGCGCCAGCGUCAGGGACGAUCACGGCGUUGGUGGAGCCGACCGAUUGGGUGAUUGUGAGCCGGAAGGCGAUGAGUCCCUCUUCUUCCACCAUGACCGCGCUCCCUCUUCCUCCUCACUCCGGCGAGGAAGCCAUCAAGGUCCAGCCACUCAAGGAGGCGGAUCCAAACGUUUGCGUGGCGGAGCUCUCGGACUCCGAGGACGACGACGCCGACGGGCUCUUCCCGGACACCACCGCCGCCGCCGCCGCCCCGGACAACGCCAGCGGCAGCAGCGAUGACCGUAUCAAGGUGACCAACGCACUUUCGGCGUACGAGAAGCUCCGGAUAUGCUACGUGCGCGACAAGGUGACGGGCGACUGCUCGCAAAAGGCGGCCGCUGCCCUGAAGGAGAAGAACAUGUGGGUGAACCGAGCGAAACGUAUCGGCCCGGUUCCCGGGGUGGAAGUUGGCGACAUCUUCUUCUUCCGGAUCGCGAUGUGCAUCGUCGGCCUCCACCGCCAGACCCAGGCCGGCAUCGACACCAUCCGGCCCAACGAGAACAAGUUUGGCGAGCUCAUCGCUUGCAGCUUGGUUCUCUCGGGCGGAUACGAGGACGACGUCGACGGUGGCGAGACAUUCACGUACACGGGCCAGGGAGGGAACGCCUACCACGGCGACAAGCGGCAGUACCGCGACCAGGAGCUCGUCAAGGGGAACUUGGGCCUUGCCAACAGCUGCAAGUACGACGUCCCCGUUCGAGUCACCCGCGGCUGCCUGGAUUCCAAGAGCCCCUCGGGGAAGAUCUACAGCUACGACGGUCUCUACAGGGUCACCCACUUCUGGGCCGAGCCCGGCAUGUCGGGGUUCCGGGUGUUUAAGUACAGCCUCGAGCGCGACCCAGGGCAGCUGGAGCUGGGUUCCAGGAUCGUCAAGUUCUCCGGGAAGCUCCAGGCGAAGAUGGAGGCUCGCAAGGCGGUGGUGUGCGAGGACAUCUCCGGAGGGCGAGAGCGGGUUCCAAUCUGUGCCGUGAACGACGUCGACGCGGCCCCGGGGCCGCCGCCACCUUUCACCUACAUCACCAAGACCAUCUUUCCGCCGGGCUUCCUCCAGCCGUCGUACCCGACGGGGUGCCGCUGCGUGGGGCGGUGCGGGGACUCUGCCAGCUGCCUGUGCAUCGGGAAGAACAGCAACAAGAUGCCAUACACGGACGGGGCGCUGUACGAGUGGAAGACGAUCCUGUACGAGUGUGGACCGAUGUGCCGCUGCGCGGCGAGCUGCCCGCUGCGACUCUCCCAGCAAGGCCAGACGAGGAAGCUCGAGGUUUUCAAGACGGAGAACCGGGGGUGGGGGGUGCGCUCCUGGGAGGCCAUCCCGUUCGGGAGCUUCAUCUGCGAGUACGUUGGCGAGCUGUUAAGCAACGAGGAGGCCGAGCGGCGAGUCGGGCAGGACGAGUACAUCUUCGACAUCGAUUGCAUCAAAGGGAGCCGCUCCCGCGGGGUGGACAUAUCCAGCUUCUUCGAGGAGAAGGAUGGAGGGGAGAUUUGCGAGGUGGUGGAGGAUGGUCAUAUGUCCAUCGACGCUGGGAGCUGCGGGAACGUUUCCAGGUUUAUAAACCAUAGCUGCGACCCCAACAUGUUCGUCCAGUGCGUCUUCAACGACCACAACGACAUGGCGUACCCGCACGUUAUGAUGUUCGCCAUGAAGAACAUCCGGCCUUUCGAGGAGCUGUCCUACGACUAUGGCUACGAGAUCGACUCGGUGAGGGACAGCGACGGGAAGAUCAAGAAGAAGCGGUGCUACUGCGGGGCUCGAAGGUGUAAGAAGCGACUCUAUUAACUGCGAGCGAAGAUUUCGCUCUCUCCAGAGGGGGACGGAAGGAGUUCUUCUCAAUCUAUAGUGGUUUUCCUCGUAUACCAUUCUUUCAUUCCAUCCAUUCGAAAGGCCUGGUAUUUUUCUUUCUUCUCUUCGCUUCUCUUUCUUAGCCUCCCGAGAAUUUUCAUUGAUCAGAAAGAAGAUCCAUGGAAGUUGGAGAUGGAGCUGUUCAAUACAUGUAUAUGUAUAGAAACUAUCUUGGAGCGUUGGUGAA